AGGCUAUCUCUUUCUAGUUUUUCACGCGAGAACUUUACCCCCACUCCUCGAAUGCUCGGUCUAUAGAUCCUAUGUCUAUGUAUACACAUGAAUCAGAAAUUCAAAGCUGUGAAGAACAGUGAAGAAGAAGAAAAAGAGCAAGGACUAUUUGCAAUUAUAAGAUGAAUAUAACGCCUCCCAUCAAACCACCGAGAGGGAUUAAACCGACGAAAGAAACGAGUGGUUUGCUGAUUUCGGUUAUCCGCGCUUUAUCCGCAAGCGAAACGAAUGAGCAACGCGAAAUUGAGAAAGCCAAGUUAGAAAAGGAAUAUAAACGAAGCGAUCAACGAUUGGAAGAAUUGGUUUCAUCACAUGAUCAAGAUCUCAUGGAAGUUAUGCAAAUAUUUAGUGCACUAUCCGAGAAAGUUACAUCAUCGCGAGAAAAAAUUCAUGCAGUGAAGGAGAAUCUGAAUGCUUGCAAACAAUUGUUAAGAUGUAAACGAGAGGAGUUAUUGAAUUUAUGGCUGGAAGGAAUAGAACAUAAACAAGUCUUACAUCUUCUAAAAGAUGUAUCGUCAGAGUCAUGUGGACGUAUGGUAUCCUUACCAGAACCUGAGUUAUUACCAUUAGCCAACACAUCACAUGACAUCUUAAUGGAUCAAUAAUCAUAAGUAUCAUUAUUCUGUACAUAACAUUACAUUGUAUGUAAAAAUGUUUAUAUUAUUAUACAUAAUGAAUGAAAAAUUAUAAAUAUACCCGUACAAUAUCAAAAUUUUUUAGAAGAACUUCAGAAAUAUUUCAGAAAUAAUUGAGACAUAAAACGUUUCAUAAAAGUUACAAAAUUGUCUACAACAUUUCUGAGAUAGCUUUGGCUAAAAUAACAAAAUGUCUAUGAUCUUUACACUUACAUCUUAUAGAAAAGCUUCUAAAAGAUUAUUUAAAAAAUCUACAACUUUUUUGAAAUAUUGAAAAGUUACUGAAAUUGCUGAAAUCUUUUUGAAAUAUUUCUGACUGUAAUUCUUUAAAAUAAUAAAUUUAAAUAUUUCUGAAGUAUUUUAUUUCUUAAUAAAUUUAAAGUAUUUUAGAAAUAAUAUUUAAAUUUAUUUGGUUUAGAGGAUUGCGCGCAAAACUGAAAGUUACAAUAAAAGUUAUUACUCAGUGUUUAUUGUAUCUUAUUGUAUUUAUUUUUAUUUAAUAUUUGCAAUUUGAUUAAUAAAUGUAAAUAUUAUA